AUGCCACAACUCAUAGAAGAACCAACCUUCAAGGGCAGUUAUAACCCCGACGUUCUGAGCCAACUUGAUAUUGACGAUUACUUCAAGAAUACUCACCCUCAAAGUUGGCACCCUAUGGAAUUCGUCUCAAAGAGACGUGUGGAAAGUCUGGCUGUUUUUGUCACCGGUCUCGAGAUCGUGGGUAAAAUCCGCUCGCCGCCUAGUGCCUAUGCAAGAAGCUGGAUAUCAUUUCUCAAAACUGAAGCUGGCCUUAUACUUCAGAGGAAGGCCUUGAGUGUUAUUGUGAUUCGACGAGAAGCGGAAAAGCAAACAAUCGUGCUCACUGAAUUGCAGGCUGGAUUCUCAUCGGCCACUUACGGUCCUCUGAAAGGCACCACCUCUAAAAAGAGGAAGUUACUUGACAGGAAGCAUCGACGUGAUGAUGACGAUGGCAUUGAGAAGCCUCUAGUGACGCCAACUAAGGACGCAUACUAUAUCGCAGACGAUGACGGGGAAAUCCCAACGACCACAGAGGAUGUAAAUGUGUCAUCCAGUUUCGAGCGAGCGAAGUCGUCCAUUCAAGAAUCAUUCCCAUUAAUGAGCCUUUGCAAAGACAAUAUUGCGGAUUUUUGCCACAGCGGCGAGCUGCAGGAUUUCAUGGAUGAUAUGGGAUUCUCAACGGCUGUGGAUGCCUUACCGACCUUGCCGAACCUACCUCAGGACCAGCAAGACAUGUUGGAUAGUCUGUUCGAAGGCAAGAUAACCAUGGAAGGGCUGUCGGAGAGGAUAGAUGAUCUCAUGAAGGUUCCCAACCCUGUACCAGCUCUGAACCGGUAUAUCUUCACAGCAUUCCAGCCACUGCGCACUGCCUUCAUGUACAACGGGACCAUCAGCCAAGAUAUAAACGAGCGUCACUACUUUCGAGACUAUGUCGUAGAGCUGCUUCGAGGCGCACUAUCCCUUCACGGCAUUCCCUACAUGUGGGGCGAGAUUUAUGUGCCCGCAGUCUCAUACCGCAAGGCUAAUGAUGCUGAUGCUACAGGACGUGGAAAGUUUGCUGAUGGAGUCUCUGAGUCAGAAGGUCACCAGAUUUUGCUGUCUGAAAGCAGCAAAUUGCACCGGGCACCCGCGUCUAAGGAUCAGGACGACAAAAUGAAGUUGAAAAGGAUGCUCCGUGAUCUUUUCAACUUCACCAUCUUGGAGAUGACAAAAAACAAGGACCGGGUAAAGCCAAACUUGAAAGUCUUCGGAUCGCGGACAUUCAAGGACACGACAGAGCUGAUUGCCAUGGACUAUCAUGGAAUGUACAGGACAUACUGCCUUGGAUCGUUCAAAAUCGUGUUGGCGGCGAAUAAUGUUAAAAAUUUGAAGGAGUGCUUUGAAAUGUGCCUUAGAUUCUCCAUGGCGGUAAAAGAGCAGGUCAUUAAGCGGUCGGAAAUGAGAAAGCUGACGGACGCGGAAGUCAUUAAAUUGACGAAGGCAGCAAGAAAGAUGCUUACCCACACAUCCUUCACCCCUCCAAAACCACCUACCCAAGUAUCUUGCAGCCCUUCCAAGCAGCGGGUGCAGCAGCGAGCACUACACAAGGCACAAAAAGAAUACACAAAUUAA